AUGGCAGAACAGUCAAAGUAUGCAUAUGUGAACGCGUCGGCCUAUGGAUUUUGUACACUCGCUUCGGAUCAGCUGCCUAUGCUCAAGCAACAGCUUUUACAAGUUGCAGGCCACUAUACAGAAAUGAAGCUGCGUGGAACAAUUUUAUUAUCUACUGAAGGUGUGAACAUUCGUCUAUCGGGGACGUCAGGAGCUGUCGAGGCCAUGAAGGUGGUCAUCGCGAAUCUGCACCCAGAUAUGAAAGGUUUGGAUUUCAAAGACUCCUUUUCUGAUCGUAUGACGUUGCCAAAGAUGCUGGUGAGGAUCAAAAAGGAGGUGAUUUCUAUGGGUAUGGAUGAAGUAAAUCCUGCUGUCGACGGAUUGGCAGCACAUGUCUCGGCUGAAGAGUUCAAAACGUGGAUGGAUAACGGUAAAGACAUGGUGGUAUUAGAUACAAGGAACGACUACGAAGUGAGGUUGGGCACUUUUGAAAACGCUUUGGACCUAAAUAUCAAGAGCUUUCGCGCAUUCCCUCAUGAAGCAAGGACGCAGCUACAGCAGGUACCUAAAGACAAAACUAUUGUCAUGUUCUGCACUGGUGGCGUGCGUUGUGAAAAGGCAUCGUAUGCAUUGCUGAAAGAGGGCCACACACAGGUUUAUCAAUUGGAUGGUGGUAUUCUGAAAUAUUUUGAAAAAGUGGGGGGUGCGCAUUAUAAAGGUGAUUGUUACAUAUUUGAUGACCGUGUGGCAUUAAAGCCAGAUCUUACCGAGGCAGCGGUCAUCUCCUGCUUUAAUUGUCGCAGUCCACUCACUGAGGAAGAUCAACACUCAUUAGAUUACACACCAAAUGUACAUUGUCCGUAUUGCAAAUAUGGCAAGCAGGACUUUCGUUGCUUAGAGACGAAGCCGUAA